AUGACGUCUGUGUUUUCCGGUGACGACAUCACUCCGCGACACAUAUCCUCAAACUUUUGCUGUGUAAUCUGCACAGAGGAGAGAGCUGAGAGAGACGCUUGCUAUUUCAGAGUUAUUUAAGUGUACAACUUCAUAGCUCUUACUCAGAAUGGAGUACCUAAUCGGGAUACAGGGACCUGACUUUGUCCUGGUCGCCGCUGAUAAUGUGGCAGCCAGCAGCAUCCUUCAGAUGAAGCACGACUACGACAAGAUGUUCAAACUGAGUGAGAAGAUCCUGCUGCUGUGUGUUGGAGAGGCUGGAGACACAGUACAGUUUGCAGAGUACAUCCAGAAAAACGUGCAGCUCUACAAAAUGAGGAACGGUUAUGAACUGAGUCCAUCAGCAGCAGCAAACUUCACGCGAAAGAACCUCGCAGACUACCUUCGGAGCAGGACUCCUUAUCACGUGAACCUGUUGCUGGCGGGCUACGAUGACACAGACGGCCCAGGUCUCUACUACAUGGACUACCUGUCUUCCCUGGCCAAGGCCCCCUUCGCUGCCCACGGCUACGGAGCCUUCCUCACUCUGUCCAUCCUCGACCGGCACUACAGACCAGAUCUGACUCGGGAGGAGGCCAUUGAUCUGCUGAAGAAGUGCAUUGAGGAACUAAACAAGCGCUUCAUCCUCAACCUCCCCUCCUUCACCGUCCGUUUGAUUGACAAGGAGGGCAUCCAUGACCUGGAGAAGCUCACCUCUGGCGCCAAGUGACCGCUCACUGCUUGACUACCAACCCCUCACGCCCUCGAUUCUUUCUCUCCUUUUUUUUUUUUUUUGUACUGUUGACCUCCUUGCUCUUUCUGUUCCAAUAAAAAGUGACACACAGUUGAGAUA